AUGAAUCUGUUCCGCACGCUGCUUGCCGGCCUUGCCGGUGGUCCUAUGAAAAUGGUCCUCAUAGUACGGUCAGAUUUAGGUUUAAGGAAGGGAAAGAUUGCAUCACAAUGCGCCCAUGCUGCCGUUCUGUGCAGUAUGCGGGCGAUCGGCGGUUCCGGUAAAGCUAAACUAGACGCCUGGUUGAUGCAGGGCCAGCCAAAAAUAGUACUCAGGGUAGACAGUUUGGAAGAGGUGCAUUUGCUAACGGAGCGCGCGACCGAUGCGGGUGUUAUUGCCGAGGUCGUGCGGGAUGCCGGUCGUACACAAGUGGCGAGUGGGACCGAAACCGUACUCGGAAUAGGGCCCGAUCGUAGCGUCGUGAUUGAUUCCUUAGUUGGCCAUCUGAGACUGUUGUAGUUGUUUGUUGUAAAUAGAUUUGUUACACUCCUCAUGUA